GUCUAUUUCUGUCUCUUCGGAGAACUCUUCUUCCUUCAGUUUCUCAGCGCUUCGGAAAGUAGCACCAGUGCUCCUUAUUUCAUUCAUUUACUUUUCUUUUAAAAAAGGGCCAUGUCCGAUAAACUGCCAUACAAAGUUGCUGACAUCAGUUUGGCUGAUUGGGGCCGGAAGGCUAUUGAAAUUGCUGAAAAUGAGAUGCCGGGUUUGAUGAAGAUGCGGGAGAUGCAUAACUCCUCCAAACCCCUGAAGGGAGCACGGAUUGGUGGCUGCCUCCAUAUGACUGUCCAGACCGCAGUGCUGAUUGAAACUCUGAUGGCACUUGGAGCAGAGGUGCAGUGGUCUAGCUGUAAUAUCUUUUCCACCCAGGACCAUGCAGCUGCUGCCAUUGCCAAGGCAGGCAUUCCUGGAAUUCGUGGGAUCUCUGAAGAGACGACAACUGGUGUCCACAAUCUGUACAAGAUGUUGAAGAAAGGUGAACUGAAGGUGCCAGCCAUAAAUGUUAAUGACUCUGUCACAAAGAGUAAGUUUGACAACUUGUAUGGAUGUCGAGAGUCCCUUAUUGAUGGUAUUAAACGUGCCACUGAUGUUAUGAUUGCUGGUAAAGUAGCAGUAGUUGCAGGUUAUGGUGAUGUUGGCAAGGGAUGUGUGCACGCCUUGCGAGCUUUUGGGGCCAGAGUUAUCGUCACAGAGAUAGAUCCAAUCAAUGCAUUACAAGCAGCAAUGGAAGGAUAUGAAGUAACAACUAUGGAUGAUGCCUGCAAAGAAGGCAAUAUAUUUGUCACAACCACAGGCUGUAAAGAUAUUAUUGGAGAGAGACACUUUGUGCAUAUGAAGGAAGACAGCAUUGUUUGCAACAUUGGUCAUUUUGAUGUUGAAGUUGAUGUGAAAUGGUUGAAUGACAACGCAGUUGAAAAAGUUAACGUUAAACCACAGGUGGAUCGCUACAAGCUGAAGAAUGGCCGUCACAUUAUUGUUCUGGCAGAGGGACGUCUGGUUAAUCUGGGCUGUGCCAUGGGUCAUCCUAGCUUUGUAAUGAGCAACUCCUUUACUAACCAGGUGCUAGCACAAAUUGAGCUUUGGACCAAUCCUGAUAAAUACACAGUGGGUGUAUAUUUCCUACCAAAGAAGUUGGAUGAAGCUGUUGCUGCUGCACAUUUGGACAAACUAGGUGUCAAACUAACCAAGCUAACAGAAGGUCAGGCCAGCUACCUUGGAGUGCCCAAAGAAGGACCUUUCAAGCCUGACCAUUAUAGAUACUAAAUUCGCACAGAAACUGGAUAUGAAAAAUACUGCACUGUCCACUGUUGGAAUAUUUGCAUCAGACUACUUUUUUCUACAAACACUUUGCAGUGACCCAGAGUAUCAGCUGUUGCUUUAGGUCAUCUCCCUUUGUAUUUUGCUAAGCUACUAAAUCUGUAGUUUGUUGGUUCCCAAGUAUCACAGACUGUUUACGGUUAAUUUCCAGUUGUAAGACCACAACAGAAAUGCUUUUUCAGUUUUACAAUAAAAUUAUCUUGUUGCCAUGAAUUGUUUUAAUGACAUCAACUGAAAAAUGCUCAGCUUUGUACAUGGAAGACCACUUCAAUUAAACUGAUUUCUUUUACACUUCAUUUUUGCAUACCUCAACCUGUGUACAAUUGUACUCUGUGUAUUCAUUGUAUUUGCUGUCAACUUCCGCCUUUAAGCACUUGAUAAACAAUAAAAUGCCACCAAAGUGGUUUGUACCAGCA